AUGGAAACGUGGCUUUGGAUUCUCGGCUGGUCUCUUUCCAUCUUGUCCAUGACUGGAAAUGGCUUUAUUAUUUUCCUUGUUUGCAGAAGGUGGCGGCUUCGAAACAAAACCAACGCGUUUGUCGUUUCUCUCGCAGUGGCAGACUUCUGUGCUGGCUGGAGUGCUUUUCCACCGCUUUUCGUCUGCGAGGAGAUGACCAGAUGCGACCCUACGGCCUUCAUAGCCAGCGGGGUGGAUUAUUUCAGGUGGCUGUUUAUAUAUGCGUCUGUGACAAACUUGUGCAGUUUAGUCCUGGAUCGCUACAUUGCUAUUGUGAGGCCGUUAAGUUACUUGACUUUUAUGACACGCAGAAGCGUUUUCCAGAUGAUUUUCAUGUCUUGGACCAUUCCAGUUGUUGUCGUCUUUGCGUUUUUACUAAACUGGCUUAUUUUUUGAAGAGAUUGUGUUGUUUAAAGUGCUCAUCUCAAUUUCAAUGGUAUUUUUAGAAAUCUUGCCGUCUUGUGCGUUAAUAUUCUGCUUUGGAUCAAUGUACUAUGUUGUUUAUAAGCACGAAAGAGCCGCCCGCAUCUUAGCAAACCAACUCCGCUUUAACCAAAGAUCUUUGUUCAGAAUCAAGGAAAAGGCUGCCGUGAAAAUAAUGGCAAUUGUUAUUGGUAUAUUCCUUCUAGCCUUCACAUUCGCUAUACGAUGUAGCUUCAUACACAUUUUGAAAGACGGAAAACCGUGUGAUGAUAAAGAAUAUAAAAUUCCCCUUCUUGUAUUAAACUCCGUUGUUAACCCCUUCGCUUAUGCCGUCUUCAAGAGAGACAUAAACAUGGAGAUAAAACGGUAUAUUUGCUGCGUCAUUUGUAAAAAGAAACAUCACAGUGAUCCAAUUUAUGAAAACAAUUUUUUUUAUCUUGCGCAACUACAAUGCAAGAGCAGCAUAACUUGAAUAAACUCUUACUCAACCAGAAUUUGUCUUGAACUAUUAAUAUUUGUUCCACGAUCGAGUUAACAGCCUAUAACCUAAAUAUGAAAUUAUAAUUAAUAAUUUGCUUAUGGUGUGUGCAUGAUGACACGAGUAGAUCAUAACAAUAACAAAGGAUCCUCUUAAUCUCAUCAAUUUUUACUUAUUCUCGUUCCUUUCGUUUUAUUUUUAACUGUUAAGGUUACUUUUGUUUAAUUUUGCUGGUUUAUUUCAUUUUAUAGUUUUGCAAGUCAGUCUGUCAGUGAGUCAUUGCGUCAGUUUUCAGUCAUGUACCUGUCAUGAUGAAUUGUAAAUUAGGAGUUCUAAUUAAUUACGUUUACCCGCUUGGAGGUUGUUUAUUAGUUUUAAGUAGAUUAGGUUGUUUUGUCAAAAUGUGUAAUGCUUCUGUGGUGUUUUUAAAAGUGCAAGGACUUAGAGUAAAUAUUGAAAAAAAUAGAUUUUCAGAGAUUCGCUCGGCAGAGUAUGCAUAUGAUACAAAUCAAGAAAAUGUAUCCAGUACUUUUCUAGAAUAAAUUGGGAGUGAGUUCUAGUUUUGAUGUCGGUUGGGAUCACUUGGUAUACUGGAAGAAAUAAUUUUAUCCUGCAUGGCAAACAAACAAAUUGUGAAUUAUUGCGUUGAUCAUAACCAUUACAAGUUCCUUAAAUGUGAUUGGUGCAUCAGCUGCUUCAUUUUUCACUAAUCAUUCUGUACAGUUGUAAUCGGUCAGUGUAAUCGGACAGUUGGCUGUAAUCGGACACCUAUAAUCGGAUACUUGAAGCAGCCAAUCAUAUUAGGUCCACUCAGCUAAAUCUAACAAUCACAUAAUUGAUCACAAUAACCAUAGCAACAACUACUUAUCCAAAGAAAAACAAGACAAUUUGCCAUUCUGAUGCUAUUUACGUUCCGCUACGAAAUCAUAAGAUUUGAGAAGUAGCCUAAGAAUGGGUAUCGUAAGUCUUAAUUCUGUCCGUGAAGAUAAGUUGCUUACAGGUAAUGAUUGAGUCUUUCUGAAAUUACACCCUAUCUUUGUCGAUCCUUCAGUGUACUCCAGGGUCUGCACUUUCUCCUGCCCCUACUCCUUCUCCUGCUCCAGAUCCUACUCUUACUCCUUCUCUUACUCCAUCUCCUGUUGCAGCUUCUACUCCUGUUGAUUCUCUGCUAUAGCUCCUGCUCUUCCUCCUGCUCAACUCCAUCUUCAGCCUACUAAUCUUGCUCCUACAUGUGCUCCUGAUCCUGCUUCAGUUCGAUCUUCAGCUUCUGCUCCUAAUCUUGUCUUACCACGCCCCUGAUCCUGCUUCAGCUCGAGCUCCUGCUAUUUCUUCCGCUACAGCUCCAUAUUCGGUCCUGAUCCUGCUUCAGCUCGAGCUCCUGAUCUUUCUCCUGCUCCAACUCCAUCUUCAGUCCCAGCUACUCCCUACCCAUGCUCCUGAUUCUGCUGUUCUGCUCCUGUCUCUGCCUUCUUUGCUAGUCCGUCAACUAUGCUUUCGUUACAUUUUUCCUUUUGGUAUUUCUUCCCAACAUUUUGAUUUCUCAUGCGACAUGCACCUAUAGCUUUGUUUCAAAGCUCAUUUUCUAGUUUCCCGAUCUUCAAUGCAUCAUUGAUUAUUCCGCUGCUUGAGGUGAAAAAUUGCUUACCUAUUUCAUUAGUACCAUAAUAUACGGCAAUUUUUCUCUCAACACUCCUGACUUGAAUUACACUCAUACGUAUACGUCUUUAGGCUCGUCGAAAUAUUGCAUGACAAGCUAAAUCAUUUCGGCAUAAAUCCUGGAAUGCAUCUCAUACGCAGGUUGAAUAUUCUGGUUUUUUGGCUGUAUUUAGAGAGGUGAAUACUAUUCGUGUAAAUCGUAAGUGAAAAAAGAUUAUUGGUAGAAUUUCAUGAUCGCACUUGUUAAUGUUGUGGUUUUUUUUUAAUGCUUUCCUGCUUUAAAAUUCGUGGGGAGGGGAGAUUUAUAGUAAGUAAGACGGGUCAGCAAAAGUGAAUUAAAUAUUGUAACAACAGUAAAAUUGGUCCGCAGAUGCGUGCUUUAACGCAUGAAUUAAAAUACAUGGAGAAACCUUGAAAUACAUAUUUAAUAGUGUUUGUCUCCAUUUAAAACAUGGUACUUCGACGAAUGAUACAUAGGUCUUGUUCAUGAAAGGGAGCAGGAAAAACAAGCACAAGUACGAUAGCAAGAAUGACAACCUGGUUUUCGGAUGCUUGGCUGGUCUCUUUCUAUCGUAACCAUAACAAGAAAUGGAUUUAUUAUUAUCCUUGUUUGCAGUAAACGGUGGCUUCGAAUCGAAACCAACGCUUUUGUCGUUUCUCUUGCAUUGGCGGAUUUCUGUGUUGGGCUGAGUAUUGUUCCCUCGACAUUCAGAGAGAGACGGUAAAAAAACUGUCAUCUGCUUGAACACGUAAAAAUUUUUUAAGGUGUCCGUUCCUUUACUCUUCUUCUGUGAACUUGUGCAAGGUAGUCCUAGAUCGCUACAUGGCUGUCGUGAAACCGUUAAGUACUUGACUGUAAUGAAAAGAUGCCACGCCGUUCAAAUAACUUGCCUCUAACGGGUGUUACUCAUCGUUUUUGUUGUGGUAGUAACAAUGGUAUGGUUUAAUAAUAAUUUGUCACUUAACUUUGUUAUUUUCUUUUCACUGACUGUUAUUUCAUUUGAGCUUUACCCAUGUUUUCUCGCAACCUUUUUAAGAAAAAUAUCAGCUAGGGGAGUAUUAGUUGAUUCAAUACCAAAUUCUCAGAACUAACAUCAUAAGAAUUGUAUAACAGACAAUAACCAGAGUUAAUAAUGAGAUCUUGGGAGUUUAAAAUUUCUUAGAUAUAGAAAGAAACUCAGUUUUAUAAGGGCCCCAUCCACACUAGCGUGUUUACAUGACCUUCGAUAGCAUAAACUUUUUUGCUUUGCAUUUUGCCUAUCAUCCCCAAUUAAACACCCAAAAAACGCGGAUUCAAAGGUAAAUUUUUGAAAAAAGUUUCAGUGAAGUGUUUUGAAAAUGCACGCACCACUUUUGAAACGUUUCGUUUCUCGUGUGGACGGAUGGAGAAGGAGGCUUUUAAAAACGAUGUUGAAGAAAUAGGUCAAGUAUUGUCGCGUGACUGUAAGCGGAAGAUUGGUGAAAAUGCACCAAAACUUACGAGUUUUCCAUGGAAAAUGCAGUAUAGAAGGCAGAACAAAUCGACAAACACUUAUGUAGGUGAAGAUGUUUUGCCUCAUUUUGGUAGAGACUAAAAACGUUGUGAUUAAUGUUGUCGCAUCAAAUUUUACGAAAUAUUUUAUCGCCAAGCUCAUAACUAAAAUUUUACGUGUAACUCACUACAAUGUGACCGAACACUAAGUUUGAAAGUGGUGGAAAUACGUGUUUUAACCGAAUGCGACUGAUGAUACCUUGUCGCUAUAUGCAAAUAAAACAAAGUGACUUGUCUUUAUAAGGAAAGUCUCAUUUUUCAAUUAGUUACAGCGUGUUAAAAGUCGUGAAACGAUGUAUGCAACGAUUUCAUUCCAUACCGAAGAAUGUAGCGGGUGAUUUACUAACUGUUCGAUAUUUUUGACAGUGAAAAGGCAAAAAUAGAACUUUUGCCCUCUUUUUUUUCGCCAUCUAUAAAAUUAGAAGAGGAUAAUGUGACUCGCUUAAAAUAGAUGGCGUGGUAAUUUUUGGCCGUUAAACCAGAUUGAAGGAUUGUUGGGAAGCGGCUGAGUAAAGUUGCACUUUUGAGACUUAGCAAUCAACGAAAACAAUUUAAAAUUGCACGCAUUUUGAGGAGAAGCAAGUUUAUAGUAAAAAUAAACUAAAAAGAUAUAGAAACAGCCGAAAUACAGGUUUUGGUAAAUGAUUGACUCUUUUUGGCGAUGUUUUCAAACAAACCAAGAGCAGUUAAUGGGCUCUCGUCUAUGCCUGAUACUGGUCGGAAUUCUGAGUUUAUUUUGUAUGCAAAGCGGACCUUUUCUUAAAAUUAGAGUCAGUUUUGAAAUUGAAAUCGUUUAAGCCAGCUGAUCACUGAAAGCUAAAUGUAAACCUCUCAAUCAAGAAUAUCCUUGAAUGUGUUGCGCCGUAUAAACAUCAUGAACACGAUCUUUUCAUUUUUAAACAUUUUACCUACCACGGCGCUCAUUCACAAGAGAGAGUAUACACUUCGUGGUGUAUGACUCGAUCGCAACCGGCAGAGACAGCACACAUGCAUACCUUUAUAGAUUUUUUUGCCGGGGCCGAGGGCAAGGAAGAACACUAAAUUAAGUGCAUUCAAAAGAAAAUAAUGGAAACAUUAUAGAGUUCCUUUUUUACAGUAACGAGGAAUAUGUUGAACUACGACUGAUAAACAAGCGCUAACAUUCUUUAAGACGAAUUUAUAACAAAAAUUACAUUUCAUUCUAAUUGAAAGAAAGAAAGAUGCCCCUUAUUUGGCUUUUAACUAUUUCUUAACAGUCGUUAGCAAGACUCAAGUAUAAUUUGGAAUCCAUACCUAUUCACAGUGUUUUAGUAUUUGCAAAGAGCGCCUAGGUCAAUGUUUCGCCCAAUUAACGUAUUCAUCCUUCAAGGCGGAAAUUUACUCUGGGGGAAAAUGAUAUGUCAUUGUUCUUUGACAGUUACUUUACCUCUGGUGUAGUUGAUAAAUCCCCAAACAAAAUUAAAGCAUCAAAAACGUCAGUGCUGUUAAUUUUCUAAAGGCGGAAUCAACCAGGUGUUUCAAGGAUUGUGAUCCUUCUUCAGAUGGUUAUCACUGGUAUAAAACAACUUUUUUCGAUAACAAAAUGGAAACCUGGUUUUGGAUUCUCGGCUGGUCUCUUUCCAUCUUAACCAUGGCCGGAAAUGGAUUUAUCGUCUACCUUGUUUGCAGAAGACGGCGGCUUCGAACCAAAACCAACGUAUUUGUCGUUUCUCUUGCAGUGGCGGAUUUCUGUGUUGGGCUGGUUGCUUUUCUCCCACUUUUCGUCUGCGAGAAGACAACUGGAUGCAGCCCCGACGCUUUUAAAGAAAACAGGGCCGUGGAAUUGAUAAGGUGGCUUUUUGCGUAUGCGUCUGUAACAAACUUGUGCAGUUUAGUCCUGGAUCGCUACAUAGCCGUUGUGAAGCCUCUCAAGUACUUAACAUUCAUGACGCGCAAACGUGUUUCUCAGAUGAUUUUUCUCUCUUGGGCACUUUCAAUUUUUGUUAUUUUCCCCUUCGUUCUAACAUGGCUAGCUUUUAACGACAACAGUUCUCUUUUCUUAAUUAAUUAUUGGAUAAUGAUGAUUUUCUUCGAGUUCCUGCCGUGCUGUGGUCUUAUCUUUUGGUUUGGUUCAAUGUUACCUGUGGUUUAUAAACACGAACGAGCUGCCCGCAUUCUAGCAAAACAACUCCGCUUUAAUGGUCGAUUUUUGUUCAAAAGCGGGGAGAAGUCUGCUGUAAAAUUGAUGGCCAUUGUUAUUGGCCUAUUUAUUAUAGUUGUCAUAAUUGCCUUGCAAUGUUUUCUUGUUUCCAUCCUGAAGGGUAAAAAAUCGUGUAAUGAUGAAGAAUUUAAAACACCUCUUCUCGUUUUAAACUCUGCCAUCAACCCUGUUGCUUACGCUCUGUUCAAGAGGGACAUAAAGGAGGAGGUAAAACGAAGCAUUCGCUGUGUGAUCUUAAAGAAGAGAAACAAUAUUGAAUAACUUAAUGACUCUGGAUUUUUUCCCAAUAGAUAGCUUUCUAUUAGGAUCGAUCAUAACGUAAAGCAUUCCCUAUUAUAGAAAUUAACGUUUAUAAGCAGGAAACAAGUUAUAUAGUUUUAGGAUUCAAAUUAUUGAGUAAAGCUCAAAAUGAAAUGUUAUACUCGUGUUUUAUUGAUAUAAAGUUUCAUCGCUGGGCAUAAAAUGCAAAUGAAUAAGGUCUAGAGAUCUCAAACUAGAUCUCAAUGUCAAUUGAGAUCAGGUUGUUCGUUUGAAAAAUGAGUAAUUCUACUUUGUUGAAAAGGCUAACUUUAAUGAGAUGCGUUUAAAUUUUCCUAAGGAAUAAGACUGAGCAAGAACAUGGAAGUUAGAGUAAUGAGCUAGUUAUCUCUCCAUGCUAAGUUAAAAUUCAACAGGUGCAAAAAGUUUGGCCUAAAUUUGCGCAUGUUUUUAAAAGUACAAGGAGGACUUUGAAUAAAAAAUUUAAAAAAUUGACUUUCUGAGAUGCGCUUGGCAGAGUAUGUAUAUGCUGCGAAUGAAGAAAAUUAGUACUAUUCCGGAAUAAAUUACAAAUGAGUUCUGAUGUUGAUGUCUGUUGAGAUCAGCUGGUUUACUGGAAGAGAUAAUUCUAUCCUGCAUAACAAACAACCCAAUUUUGAAUUACUGAGUUAAUCCUAAACCUUUAAGACUGGACUAGCACCAAAUUUAUCUCUUCGGUAUCAUUGUUAAAUCUUGAAUCAAACAUUAUGGUCUUACUUAAAAUGAAGAAAGGGAGAUACUGAGUCAAACAGAUGAUGAUACGUGAACCGUUAAUUUGGAGUAUGCAGAACGUGUUUAUUUGCAGACUUUAUCAAUGGUCAAGCGGUGGUGUAUACAACGCAAAGCCGGUGAAACACCAUUAACGCCGUAUGGCUUUUGUCGUUCGCAAACGUGAGUACGAUAAUUUUAGUUACCUUACGAUGAUUUGUUUUUUUCUUGGACUCAAAGAAGGAAAAGCAAUUGAACGAAAUGGUUCGCUUAAAAUUUUUUGUGCUGUGAACUGCAUUUCUGAGACUUUGAACUAUCAAGUUGGACAACCGAUAUGCGGUUAAAAACACCUUCCACAUUCGUUCCUUGGAUGAUUUGCCGCUUACUUGUCGUUUUGUCCUAGGAAGAUUUUGUUAACAAUACCCUACAACACAAAUUUAGUAAGGUCUCACGAAGCCAGGUGCUCUCUGAUAACCAAAAAAUUGCCUUGGAAAGCCGCCGGUGGGCUUUUGAGAGAGUUAUAAAUUUAGUUUUUUUAAUCAAUGAAGCUUUUACAUUCGAAUCAAGUUCGGAUUACAAGUAAAUCGUUUUUACGUUAUUGAACCGUUUUAACUUGUCAAAGGAAGAACUUAUCCAGCAAGAUUUUCCGUGUAUGAAUCAUGCGUAUUUAAGAAAUUUUUUCCGAACGUUUUCAUCUCAUUGUGAUUGAUUAUGUUGUUAGACAUGCACUCAUUGUUGUUCAAAUUAAUUACGUCUGCCAAACUUCUGUCAGUAGAAGUACUUUUAGAAGUAGAGUUUUUCGGGUGACAAGAGAAAUAACAUGCUUCUGGUUAUACUAAAAUUAUAUCUGUCAUCAUUGACUUGGAAAUUAAGAUAGUCCAAUCGAUCGUUUUGUCAGUUUAUAGCUUAGGUGACUUGGUAUAAAAAUAAAUAAUUUCUCCCUACGAAAAGAGACAUCCCAUUUGCUGUGUUUAGUAGCUGGUCGUAAAGUGUGCAAGCUCAACUGAGAAAUAUGGAAUUACAGGAAGUUGGAUUACUGUGUUUUCUUAGCAGCAAGGUAGAUGGAGUUUAACAGGACGAAAAAUGUUCGGUUUCGAACAUGUUAUGUACAGAAGGCAAGUCAGAGGCUCGAUUAAACACAACUAAGAAUAUAAUCGAUUGCCUCGCAAAAACCGCGUGUCGAGAGUACUUUUAAUGCAAUUUGCAAUAUCACUCACUCACUCACUCAUGCCCAUUUCUCAUUUUUCGGCUGUGUUUAGAGAAGCUAGUAAUAUUAAUGUGAAUCGUAACUGAAAAAAAUUACUGGCAGAAUAGCACGGUCGCACUUGUUAAUGAUAAUUUUUUGGUAUUAUUGAAUUCUAUCCUGCUUUAAAAUUCGUGGGGAGGGGCCAUGGAAGUUUAGACAGGUGAGGAAAAAUAAAAUAGAGUAGUAGCAAUGGUAAAAUUGGUCCGCAGAUGCGUGCUUUAAUGAUCUACCGGAAAAUACGAAUAUGAUACGUCAAGAAUAUGAUUGUAAAUUUUUCAAAGUGCUUUUUUAUUACUGACGAAUUAAAACAUAUGGAGAAACGUGCAAUUUGUGGAAAUCCUAUUUAGCAUAAAUUAAUAUUUUGCCUGCACGUAUAAGAGGACUGGGGCGGGUGCAAGGUGCGCGGAGAGUUAUGGGAUGGUGGUUUGUAGGUAGAGGUCGUUAGUAGGGCAAGGCAUUCUACGGUCAGCCUUCGCUGUGUUUAGUUGUUCGUUUUCGUUUUUGUAUAAGUUUAGAGCUUUACUUGCAUGCUACCUUAAGUAACUGUGUAUAACAUGUCAUUCAUAGGAUACCCUUAAACCCCAAGGGUGGCACCGCUGCCUUAGUUUGGGGUACGCGUUCCCCGUUUUUUCCGCCUGCUGGUUAUUAGGGGUUUUUGUGUCCGGCUUUGAUGCAUUUAGUUUACUUCAAUCGUAUAAGACUUUCGUAGGCAUAUCGAUUUGGCGUUAAAUAAACGGUGGCUUGGCUGGCCAACGCGCCCAGAUAUCAACUCUUUGUGUGCCCGGUUGAGUAGUGGAGGCAAAAUCCUGAACACACAUAUGUAAAUAGUGUUUGUCACCAUUUAAAAUAUGAUACUUCGAUUAUGAUGUCUUAUUCAUAAACGGAAGCAGAAAACACAAACACAAAUACGAUAGCAAGAAUAGCAACCUGGUUUUGGAUGCUUGGCUGAUCUCUUUCCAUCCUAACAAUAACUAGAAAUGGAUUUAUUAUCUUCCUCGUUUACAGCAGACGAUGGCUUCGAACCAAAACCAACGCGUUUGUCGUUUCUCCUCACCAAAUCAAUACAAUAUCAAACAGAAAGGUGAUGAACAUAAGAGAAAAUAUCAGCUAGGGGAGUAUUAGUUGAUUCAAUAGCAAAUUCUCAGAACUGACAUCAUAUGAGUUGUAUGGCAAACAGUAAGGAGAAUUGCUAAUGAGAUCUUGAGAGGGACAUAAGGAAGGAGGUAAAAAGAGUUGUUAGAUAUAGAGAGAAACUCAGUUCUGAAAAGGCCUCGUCCACACUAGCGUGUUUACCUGACGUUCGAUAAUGUCUACUUUUUCCUUUGUAUUUUGCUUGUCAUCCACACUUAAACACCAAAAAACGCAGGUGCAAGGUAGAUAUUCGGAAAAGGUUACACUGGUGGAGUAUUUUGAAAAUGCAUCACGUUUGAAAUGUUCCGUUUUCUGUGUGGACAGAUGGAGAAGGAAGCUUUUAAAAAAGAUGGCAAAGAAGUAGGUCAGAUAUUGUCGGGUGAUUCUAAGCGGAAGAUUGGUGAAAAUGCAUCAAAACGUUGGAGUUUUCAAAAGAUAAUGCAGUAUAGAAGGCAGGUGAGAAAAAAUCGAUAAACACUUGCGUAAGUGAAGAUGCUUUGCCUCGUUUAGGUAGAGUCUAAAAACGUUGUGAUUAGUGUUGUCGCGACAGAUUUUACGAAAUAUUUUAUCAUCAAGCUCACAACUAUAAUUUAAGGUGUAACCCACUAUAAAGUGACCGAACACUAAGUUUAAAAGAGGAGAAGAGACUUGUUUUAACCAAAUGCGACUGAUGAUAACUUGUCGCUAUAUGCAAAUAAAACAAAGUGAACUGUCUUCAUAGGGAAGUUUCAUCUUUCAAUUAGUUAGCGUGUUGAAAGUAAUGAAACGAGGUAUGCAACGAUUUUACUCCAUAUCGAAGAAUGUAGCGGGUGAUUUACUAACUGUUCGAUGCUUUUGACAGUGGAAAGGCAAAAAUGGAACUUUUGCCCUCUUUCUUUAGCCAUCUAUAAAAUUAAAGGAGGAAAAUAUGACUCGCUAAAAAUAGAUAAGGUGGUUGAAGAAUUGUUAAGAAGCGGCUGAAUAAAUUGCAUUUUUGAGACUUAGCAAUCAGCGAAAAUACUAUGAAAUUACACUUAUUUUGAGGAGAAGCAAGUUUACAACAAAAAUCAACUACAAAGAACUGAUAUAGAAAUAGCCGGAAAUAGCGGGCGCUUUUGCUCGCUAGGGCAUAGCGUUUCGUUAUGGAAUUGACUUUUUUAAGCGAUGUUUUCAUCCAAACAGAAAGCAGUUAAUGUUAGCAUCAUUUCAGCACUACUGCUUUCAAUAAACUUUAUUACUUGUUUUCUGACAGUGUUUUUUGCAAUUAGUCUGUAUAUUAUGACAUUUUAUUGUUUUUUUAGAGGGCACGGUAACGAAUCUUGCAAUCUGAUUGGUUCUUUACCCGGUCAGUAUUUUCCUAUCUCUGCCCACGGGCCACGGUAACGCUUUCGUGAGUCGCCGAGUACAUCCCAACUUUCGUUGUCACUUUUCAUAAAUAUACCUCGUUUUCCGGCUGGGCAGUAUUUUUAAGCAAACACGUCGGUCACUACCUCAAGCCGAUAAAUAACUUAUGAAUCCUCCCUUUUCUCUCUAUCAAAUCACUUUGGUUGAUAGAAAAAUAUUGGUUUCAGAAUGAAUUUGUAUAAACAAUAGUGUCAUUACGUUGGUUGACAAGCGGCCUAAAAACCGUCUGCAAUUAAUUUUAAUCGUUCACAAAAAGUACCCAGAAAGUUGAAACGUGAGGUAUUUGGUUACAGUUAAACUGAACGAUGGAACUUUCAUUCAUUUAAUAUCUGAAUUUUCUCGAGCAAUUUGUUCAUAGUAAAAAAAAAGCGAGCGAAGUUUUAAUUUAAGUUCUACAACAAAUAUACGCUCCUGGUGAGUCUUUUCAAUUCCGUUCAAUUUGGACAUUUGUACCUUAAAUUGCACAACAGAAAUUGAAGGAAUUGAGAAAAUGCUGCAUUAAAUUCCCUUGUGUCUCGUUGGAGUGUGCCGUUCGAAUUUAGUUUUUGUGAAGGAAAGAUCAGAGUUAAACACGCCAUUACAGCAAACAAACGAGCAAACUCUCACAACUUCAAAAUAAAAAAUUAAAUUUACUCACAAUUACUUUCCUCGCCGUUUACUUAAUGAACAGAGGUAAAUCUUCGUACAUGAAUGAAUGGUCGAUGAGAGUAAAUAAUACUUUCCGUUAGAUCAUUAACUGAUUUUUAAGAAAACAUUUUCGUGACAGGCCUUGCCAAACUAGUUCUGUUGGUUUUCAAAUGUUCCCACGAUUUUUUUUUUCUUGCGCGCUCUCUAAUCGACAGGUGUCAGAUUGUGACAAAUACUUGUAAAAAUAAUGUUUCAAAGUUUGUUUGGAAGCCUUUUAAAUUACCUUUAUCGUUACGGAAAUGAAAAUGUUUCGCCGAGGCAUCUCUCUUAAAUUUGCAUCACCUCUAUUUUAACUACCAUUUACUCACUGAAAAAUUGUUCAGUUUAUGGAAGAUCUUGCCGUAUUUACGGCCAUAAGUCAUUCGGGUUCUUUUGGAAAGAAUUUCGUCAAGUUUAAAAACAAUAAAUAUGUUAUUUACCGGCUAAGGGUCGGUCCGUAUGGUGAAAAACUAAGACCUCGGUCACAGUUUUUCACCAUACGGACCUCCCAGCCGGCAAAUAACAUAUAUUUAUUUUAAGGCAACAAAAGGAGACCUGACAAUGUGCUGAAGCUGUCAGAGAUAAGUUGUCAAAAUCCAUAUUUAGCUAUCUUCAAUAAUUUAGUUUCUUACUGCUCGUGGAAAAGGUUCAUAUCACCACGAACAUCGUGCGAUUUUCAUCAAUUAGAAUAGAAGUGUACUAGAAUGAGUAUCCCGUGGGUGCCUCUCUUGUGAUCAGUUACCUUCCUUUGAUUCAUUGACUUCAUUGAAGGACUAGAGGCUGUUAACUUAACGGUAAGAGCGGCCGGAUUUCAGGCUGAUUUGUCAACUGCGAUGUGUUUGAGGGAGACGACAUCAUAAAAUCAACGAAGUGUUUUCCAAUGCUUUUUAGUUGCAUAGGGAAUUGUAGUCUUGUAGUCCAAACCCAAACUUUAUACUCUAAGCUUUCAUUUGUAUUGGGCCGGCCACCUGAAGACCACAAAAUGGAAACGUGGUUUUGGAUUCUUGGCUGGUCUCUUUCCAUCUUGUCCAUGACUGGAAAUGGCUUUAUUAUUUUCCUUGUUUGCAGAAGGUGGCGGCUUCGAAACAAAACCAACGCGUUUGUCGUUUCUCUCGCAGUGGCAGACUUCUGUGCUGGCUGGAGUGCUUUUCCACCGCUUUUCGUCUGCGAGGAGAUGACCAGAUGCGACCCUACGGCCUUCAUAGCCAGCGGGGUGGAUUAUUUCAGGUGGCUGUUUAUAUAUGCGUCUGUGACAAACUUGUGCAGUUUAGUCCUGGAUCGCUACAUUGCUAUUGUGAGGCCGUUAAGUUACUUGACUUUUAUGACACGCAGAAGCGUUUUCCAGAUGAUUUUCAUGUCUUGGACCAUUCCAGUUGUUGUCGUCUUUGCGUUUUUACUAAACUGGCUUAUUUUUGAAGAGAUUGUGUUGUUUAAAGUGCUCAUCUCAAUUUCAAUGGUAUUUUUAGAAAUCUUGCCGUCUUGUGUGUUAAUAUUCUGCUUUGGAUCAAUGUACUAUGUUGUUUAUAAGCACGAAAGAGCCGCCCGCAUCUUAGCAAACCAACUCCGCUUUAACCAAAGAUCUUUGUUCAGAAUCAAGGAAAAGGCUGCCGUGAAAAUAAUGGCAAUUGUUAUUGGUAUAUUCCUUCUAGCCUUCUCAUUCGCUAUACGAUGUAGCUUCAUAUACAUUUUGAAAGACGGAAAACCGUGUGAUGAUAAAGAAUAUAAAAUUCCCCUUCUUGUAUUAAACUCCGUUGUUAACCCCUUCGCUUAUGCCGUCUUCAAGAGAGACAUAAACAUGGAGAUAAAACGGUAUAUUUGCUGCGUCAUUUGUAAAAAGAAACACCAC